AUGACAUUGGAGCCCUCCUCCUGUAUGAAAACACAACUGGUGAGUGCCAUCCAGCUCCAAGAGGUCGAGCUGGAAGAUUGUGACACCAGCAAAGCACCGGAGGAGGUCAAAGAUGAUAAACAUUACAGCGUUGAGCAAGCAGUGGAGACCAUCGGCUUUGGCCGCUUCCACAUCCUUCUCUUCAUCAUUAUGGGUAGUGCCAAUAUUGUGGAAGCUAUGGAGAUCAUGUUGCUUUCUGUUGUAUCCCCUGAGAUCCGUUGCGAGUGGCGAUUGGAGGAUUGGCAGGUGGCUCUUGUUUCAACGAUGGUCUUCCUGGGCUUCAUGCUGUGUGGAGUGUUAUGUGGAUAUGUAGCAGACAGAUAUGGCCGCUGGAAGGUGGUGUUGGGAGGCUUUGUGUGGGGUGCAUAUUUUUCUUUCCUCACCUCCUUUGCUCCAUCCUAUGGCUGGUUCAUCUUCCUCAGGAGCAUGGUGGGCUGUGGUGUGGCUGCCACCUCACAGGGGUUUGUUCUGAAAACAGAGUUCAUUCCUGCCAAAUACAGGGCAUCUCUGCUUCCUUUAGCUUCAAUCUUUUGGAUGGUAGGGUCCAUGUUAAUCAUCAUUCUGGGGAUGACUGUAGUACCCACACUGGGCUGGCGAUGGAUGAUCCGUCUGUCCAUCAUUCCAAGUCUAAUAUUGGUUGUGCUCUUCCAGUUUAUCCCAGAAUCAGCCCGGUUUCAAGUGUCUGCAGGUAACAUGCGGGGGGCAGUGGAGACUCUGAGGAAGAUUGCUCAGAUGAAUGGAGCUAAUUUACCUGAGGGAGAGCUACGGGAACCUGUAGUGAAACAAAGAGGAAAUGCUUCCACUCUAAUCAGCCCAACCUUCCGUAGAACAUCCCUUUUGCUGUGGUACACGUGGUUUGUGGCCUCGUUCUCCUACUAUGGCUCAGUUCUGAGCAGCUCAGAGCUGCUUGAGAGGAACCUGCUGUGUGUGACUGAUGCUGAUGCUGAACAUCAUAUCAAACAUGACCAGGAGGUGGCGCCAUGCUACUGCAUUCCCUUCAACUUUGCUGACUAUCAAACCCUCCUCAUCAGCUGCCUAGGUGAAAUCGCAUUAAUACCUCUGAACAUUGGUUUGCUCAACAUUGUUGGGCGAAAGCUCAGCAUGACAAUCCUUCAGCUGUUAACAGCUCUUUUCUUCAUGUUAGUUAAUGUCUGCACAACCAUGUUUGGUUUCACCGUGCUGCUCUUCCUUCUCCGCUCCAUAGUCUCCAUGAACUUUAAUGUGGUUUACAUUUACACCGCAGAGGUUUACCCUACAGCUGUACGCUCCAUAGGAAUGGGCUUUUGCACUUCCUUCAGCAGAGUUGGUGGAAUGAUAGCACCCUUCAUAGCACAGGUGCUCAUGUCUAAGUCAGUGGUGCUCGCUCUGUUGCCCUUUGCUCUGUGUGCCAUCCUGUGUUCUAUAGACUCCAUCCUCCUGCCUAUUGAAACCAGAGGACGUGCUUUACUGCAGCAGCAGACUCAGUGA